AUGGUUUACAACAAGCUCAGCCCAACAAAUGGUGCCAUGAAGCGAUCUGCUUCUGCAUUGCAUGAAGGUCCUCCCGGAUGGGACGUUGCUCCCCCCAUGAUGACCCCGGCGUAUCCUCCUGCUCCUUCUCGCCCACCAUUUGCUCAUUACGCCAUGAUCUAUCUUGAUAACGAGGGUAAGAUCAAGGUGGAUGAAUCCGCUUCUAUCAAAGAGCAAGGCGCCACACUCUUUACUCCUGAGGUCAAGCAAAACUUCCUAGAAAUUCUUGGGGAGCGCAUUGGUCACUGUCAACCCAUUCGCCGCACAAUCAAAACCUCGUCAGCUCGCCGAGUUCGUCGCCGUGGUGCAAACGCCCAGAGUCAAGGAAGCCGUCUCUCGGACCCGGUCUCCGACAACGAAGAUCUCUCCACCAGUAGCUCCUACGAGAUGGCUCCCCUUCGAAUCGGUGACACGGAAAAGGUCACUGCCUACUACGAAAGCGCUCUGAAGCACUUCCAGCAAUUGAACUGCCGGAUGAUCGCCAAGGCUUUCAUCAAGCACAUCGAGCCCCGCAAGCAGGUGCGAUUCCCUUACAACGGAGGGAAGCCCCCAGCGGGAUCUCCUCCUGGCACCACUGGCGACCCUGAAAAGACCAAGCCGGAUUGGUGGCCUGAGGGCGUGAUGCACAAGGAGCCAGAUCAUCUCCGCAAAGAGUAUCGCAUCGAACUGCUCAUCUAUCUCAUUCGCGCCAACAUUAGAGAUUCCAACGCAGACAAGCUCAAGGAGGUCGCCGGAGACACAAAGCGCAGCCUAAAGCACCCGUCUCACAUUGAAAUCAUCUACGAGAUUCUGCGGGUCCGUAAGAUGGAAGAGCGCUUUGAGCGCGGUGAAGUCGAUGAGAACAUGGUCGUCUAUGUCACCAACCGCGGCCCAAGCCCCAAGGGUGACGAGGAAGAAGAAACUCACGAUGCCACUGCUCCUGUUAUUACUGUCGAGGCUCCCGAGCCGAUCGACGAGGGCCUCCUCACCCCUAGCUCAAGUGUCGACCACGCGGCCUCCAUGACCACCCCCAUCGACACCAUGUCCAUGGGCCCAUCACGAACUCUCUCAGCCGGCUUCUCCGGGGCUCAGUCUAUGAGCUACGACAUGUCCCAGUCAGACCGACACUACUACGCCACCCCGCCUCAAUACACAGAUUCCUUCUCACAAUCGAUGAUGAAUACCCCCGUCACGGCAGAAAUGAUCAGUCCCCACGAUGUCUCAGUCUUUGACUUUCCCACCUCUCAACCCUUUGGCACCUCCUCGCCGGAUCAAAAAUUUGAUGCUUGGACCCCGAGCUUCCGACAGAUUCUCUUCAGUCCCGUGGACUACAGCGCCCCCACUGUGACGCAGAGUAUGCCCCAUCCAGCCAUGCAGUACAACAGCAUGCCUAUGCUCUCGGCCUCGCAAAUGCAUGACAUGACCUCUCCUCACGCACAGUCUCUCAUGGACCCCUCCGGCCAGCGGGUCCUUCCAUUCCGCAAUGGCUCCAUCGGUCACCCAAAUGAGCUGACUCUGUCCCACCCUGUCUAG